UGCGGGAAAAUCUGAAUAAUUUUAAGAAUUUCUGUGACAUAUGACCGUUUCACAUUCUUUUGAAAUUUAAUUUGUUAAAACUUUUAUUAAAAUUUAUACACAACACAAACAUUGAACAAAAAACCAAACACUAGCGAAAUGCCUUCAGCUGAUAUAUUUUCAUUACGCAUUGUAACAGCCGAUUUCUAUAUGGAAAAACCUAAACCCGGACUAGAUCCUUGUUUUUCCGAGUUUCGAGCUAAAGAAAUAAAAAAGGUUCCCGUUAUUCGAAUAUUUGGUUCAACUUCCGAAGGAGUCAAAUCAUGCAUGCACGUUCAUGGUGUAUUUCCGUACUUGUACAUUCCAUUCGAUAAGAAAAACUUUGAAACAUUGGAUAAAGCAAGUUAUUUGAUAGCUUCAAGUCUUGAUAAGGCGAUAAACAUUUCCCUUGGCCAGAGCAGUGCAGAAAGUCAUCAUGUUUUUAAAAUUCAAUUGGUCAAGGGAAUUCCGUUUUAUGGGUAUCAUGCAAAUGAACAUCAAUUUAUUAAAAUAUACAUGUUUAAUCCGCGGUUCGUAAGACGAGCAGCAAACUUGUUACAAAAUGGAGCAAUUAUGGGUAAAACAUUCCAUGCUCACGAGUCGCAUGUUCCUUACAUUUUACAGUUCUUUAUUGACUAUAAUUUAUAUGGAAUGAGUUUUCUUCAUGUCCCAAAAGAAGUAUUAAAGUUUCGGCGCAAUAAGGAAGACGAUGCUAUUCCAUACUCCAUUGCUAAAGAGCAAAUAUUGGAUUGUAGUCUUGCUGUAAAACAGUCAACAUCAAAACUGGAAUUGGACAUUAUUUCUGGUUUUAUUUUGAAUCGCUUUCAGCUUCACACAAAUACAAGUACACAUGCGAAUCCUGGUAUUGAAGCUAUUUGGCAGGAUGAAAAAAUUCGUCGGGACAAUCUUUCAAAAGACACUGAGAAGGUUCCCCCCUUAGAAACACCCUUGGAAGAGCAACGUCCGAAUGUUAAACCGACAUCGAGUGAAGAGUUUUACCGAAUUGGAUUAGUGACAAAGUUAGAGCAGCUAGAAAUGUCAUUGAAUGAAACCAUUAGCGAUACACCUGAAUCUAAUAAAUCUAUUGUUCCGGAAAAGAAACAAACUUUUAAUCUGAAGAAAUUACUAGCUAAUGCUGUAUACCCAGAGGAGUGCUCUCAAGAUGAUUUAUUGACAAAUGCAUCUUUUAUACCAAACCACUUCUCAAGUGGAUCUAUUUUUGAGUCAUCAAUUAGAUUUUCUAAAUCGGAUUCAAUCCCAGAACCUGAUAAUAGUUUCAUGGAUGAUACUAUUGUUGAUGAAGAUUUGAUUCGCUGUAUCACGCAGCCCGAUCCGGUAAACAAAACUUUACGCGAAGAGGACAUGGAGCUUUUAGACGUAAUGCAACAGCUAGAAGAGGAACAAGAUGAAAAUAAUAUCGAUUUAGACAGCACGCUGGCUCCUCUUUCACAAAAUAUUAAUUUCAAUAACUCACAACAUGUUUUGCGGCAAAAAUUGUCACAUAAUAAUUCGAGUGAAGAUGAAUCUGAUAAUGAAUGUCAAAAUGAUUUCACAAUGGUCAUGGAUGAUAUGGAUGAGUUGUUGAUAAAAUUAAGUCAGCCUUCAUUACCAGAUGUCGUACAAUUUGAUGGAGCUGAUGAUAUAUUAAAUACGCCGAAAAAGAAAUUUAAAAGCAAGCUGCCAAAUACUCCAAUACAUGUUACGCCAAAAAGAAUGUUCAAACCCGAAUCGCCAAGAACUCCCAAGAGCACAGCUAAAAAAUAUGAGCCUUUGCCACUAAUUAUAAAUUCAAGAUCUGUUAAAAAAAAUCUCACAAACGCGUCCAAACAAAUGGAAGUGGAUUCUCCGAGGGCUGUCAACAACGAUUUAUUUGCAGUAGAAACUGAUAAAAGUCCAAACCGAAGGAAGACCAUUGACUUGGAUAAAACACAUAUAACUUGCCAACUACGACCACGCAUAAGAAAAAGUGAAGUUAGACUUAAAACAUAUAAUACACCAAAAGUUGAUUGUGAACCUGACGGAAAUAAAUCUACUACCAAACGAAAAAGAAGCCUUCGUAAAAAAAAUGAACAUGACAAAUCUUGUUCAAGUGUGACUAGUAUAAGUCCAAAAGUUCAUAUCAAACGGUUUUCGAUGGUACAAAAAUUGAACGAAAUUACCCAGAAGAAACAACAUGAAUCGAAAGAAGAUAAAAUGUUUUCUAGCAAUUCCAUUGAAAAAAAUCAAUCACAAAGUCUAAAACUCUCUUCGGAUGAAAUCUCUUCAAUAUCUAGCCAAAUAUCUCCGGAUGGUUCUAAUUUAAAUUCAACCAGAAAGUUAAGGAAAACUGGCUUAGAAGUUAAUCGUACAAAAUGCUCACCUUCAAAAGUCAGGAAUCAAAAUGUUUCACAUAUAUCUUCUAAAUCUUCUGUUACGGUGCAACAACCAAGUUUGUAUAUUCAAAGUAAAAUGAAAGAGAAUGCUGGAGACUUGGAAAUAUCUUUGCCGGAGCAAAAUCAAUCACUCUGUGAGAAAGAAGUUCAUAAUGUAAGAGAGGGUAAUAUUAAUACAGAUAAAUGUUCUAAACAAACAUCUUUUUCAAGAAAAAGAAGAAAACUACCUCUUAAAUCAAAGAAAUUAUUUGAAGGCAACAAAAUUGAUCAACAAUCUCUUGAAAAUGUUUCAAUCGGUGAAAAAGAUUUGCGUAGUGUUCUUCAUGAUAGCUAUGAUAGAAGUUCUUCACGAUUUAUAGCGAAAAAACUUCGAAUAAACAUAAAAAAACUUAAAAUCAAUGAAGUACUAAGAUCACAAAUAGAUAAAUCUCAUAAACAACCUAAUUUACAAGUAUGUAAUAUUGAAAAUAAAGUAUCGGGUUCUUCGCGAUCUUCAAAAGACCCUCUUGGAGAGUUAUUGAAAGAUGCAGAAAACGAUCACAUAAUUGAUAGUUUUUGCGAAAGAUCAUUUAUCAUGAACAACACACUAAACAGUGAUUUUCUUAAUGUUCAAAAUUUUCAUAAUUCUGAUAUCAUAAUCAAACCGAAAAUGCAAACAGAAACAUAUUGUGAAGUUAAAAAUAAUUAUAGAAUACACGGUAUUCCCGAUAUGGUUAACCAACAACCUUUCUAUAGUAAUUAUGCUGAUGUGACAAGCAGAAAGGAAGUGGGACACACACUCCUCUGGAUUCCUGGUGUAACACUUAAUGAUGUAGAAGAAUUUAAAAGCAAAAUACCUACCCUUGAAAGUUUCUCCGAUAAUAGAAAGAAAAUGGCUCAAGACAUGACUAUUAAAUUUCGAAAUGAUGCUUGUAUUAAAAAAUAUUUAUCUGAUGAUACAAUUAUUAUUGCAACUCCAAGUAAAUUUCCUCCAAACAAGGAAGAUGCUAAAAUUUGGCUAAAAGCAAAAGAGCUUUUAAAAAGAAAGAAUCUUGAAGAAGAUAAAACUAAGAUAAAAGAAAGCGUUCCGACUGAAUCACUUCGUCGUAAGGUGUUGAUGGAUAUAGAUACUGCCGGCGAUUUAGAAGAUGCCGAUUGUUCUAUGCAAAGUAUUUCCUUGACACCAUUUACUCCUGUUAAAAGUGAUCAUAGUUCAACAGACCACAUUAAUCCCUUGACAAAUUCCACGGAUGUAAAAAGCGUUAGCAAAGGGAACACAAUCUCCCAAAACCAGUGUCUUUCAAAGGAUUUAGAAGUAUGCAGUGUGUUUAAACCAAAUUAUGAAGAUAAAAUGAUGAUCAAUAAAGAGACCGUUAAAUUCAAUAACAAAAGUGUGUUGAAGACAACUCAAGAGGACUUGCAAUCUGGAAUGUGUUCAAGUGCAACAGUAAUGGCAGAGUUAGGAAAAGUAACUUUUGUCAAUAACUUACACAACUCGCAGGGUUCAUUUGACUCGAGCUUUGGUAUCAGCCACGCAUCUCUUAACAACACCUUUGGAUUCAAAGUAAAUUUAGAAAAUCUACACCAAGCAAAGUCGGAUAUUGAACACAAUUACCUUACGACGCUUUCUCUAGAAAUUUUUGUUUCAACACGAGAAAAUUUGCUUCCAAAUCCACAAUUUGAUGCAAUUUCUUGUAUUUUCUAUGCCAUAGAAAACAGUAUUCCUUCAUCUGAAAAUUCUGAAAACCUGUCAAAAACAAGUGGCCUUAUUAUAAUAUCAGAUGGAAAUGGUUGUAUUAAUACCAAAUUGAACGGAAUCGAUCCACGUAUUGAAAUUAAAAUUGCUACCAACGAAUUGGAUGGCUUUGCUCAGCUUUUAAAUUUGUGUGCCUUUUGGGAUCCUGAUAUUUUUGUGGGCUAUGAAAUUGAAAUGUCUUCAUGGGGUUAUGUGAUGGAAAGAGCGAAGCACCUUGAUUUUAAUAUUGCACCGUUGCUUUCUAGAGUUCCAACACAAAAUGUGCGCGGCUUUAAUGAGGAAGAACGAGAUCAACUAACAGAUUUGGAUGUCGAGUCAAAACUCUGCGGAAGAAUUUUACUUGAUGUUUGGAGAUUAAUGCGAUCGGAAAUUGCGCUUACGUCUUAUACAUUUGAAAAUGUAAUGUAUCACAUUUUGCAUAGACGGUGUCCAAUACAUACAUACGCAGAUCUUUCAAAGUGGUUUCGUUCGCCACAAACCAGAUGGAUUGUUUUUGAAUAUUUUCUUGAUCGAGUCCAUGGAACAUUGGAAUUACUAGAUCAAUUAGAUUUAAUAGGAAGAACCAGUGAAAUGGCUAAACUUAUUGGUAUUCAGUUUUAUGAAGUCCUUUCUCGCGGAUCGCAGUUUCGUGUGGAGAGUAUGAUGUUGCGAAUUGCAAAACCAAAAAAUUUAGUUCCACUUUCACCUAGCGUCCAGCAGCGUGCACAUAUGCGUGCCCCAGAAUACUUACCGCUUAUAUUAGAACCUCAGUCCAGAUUUUAUCCUGAUCCAAUUAUUGUAUUGGACUUUCAAAGUCUCUAUCCAAGUAUGAUUAUGGCGUAUAACUACUGCUUCUCUACAUGUUUGGGAAGAGUUGAGCAUUUAGGGCAAUCAACACCGUUCGAAUUUGGUGCCUCUCAGCUUCGUGUAUCACCAACUCUGAUUAAGAAGCUUUUAAAAAAUGAUAUGAUUACAAUUUCACCUUGCGGCAUUGCAUUUAUUAAAAAAAAUAUUCGAGAAGGCGUUCUUCCUAGAAUGUUGAAAGAAAUUUUAGAUACUCGUCAAAUGGUGAAGCAAUCGAUGAAAUUGCACAAAACCAAUUCAGCUCUUCAGAGGAUUCUUCAUUCCCGACAAUUGGGCUUAAAAUUGAUUGCGAACGUAACGUACGGUUAUACAGCUGCAAAUUUCAGUGGCCGAAUGCCAUGUGUUGAAGUUGGCGAUAGUGUAGUGGCAAAGGGACGUGAAACACUCGAACGUGCAAUCAAAUUAGUAGAAACUAAUGAAGAAUGGAAUGUUAAAGUAGUUUAUGGUGAUACGGAUUCUAUGUUUGUUCUUGUUCCCGGUAGAAGCAAAACAGAAGCUUUUAGAAUAGGAUCUGAAAUAGCUGAAUCCGUUACAAAAGAUAAUCCACAACCUGUUAAGCUGAAACUGGAAAAAGUUUAUCAACCUUGUAUUUUGCAGACAAAAAAACGUUAUGUGGGUUAUAUGUUUGAAUCGCCUGAUCAAAAAGAACCAAUUUUUGAAGCAAAAGGCAUUGAAACUGUGCGAAGAGAUGGUUGCCCAGCUGCUGUUAAAAUGCUUGAAAAGACACUUAAAAUACUUUUUGAUACUGCUGAUGUAAGCGAAGUAAAAAAAUACAUAUGCCGUCAGUUUACAAAGUUAUUGUCAGGAAAGGCUAACAUUCAAGAUCUUUUAUUUGCAAAAGAAUUCCGUGGUUUAAAGGGUUACAAACCAACAGCUUGUGUCCCUGCGCUUGAGUUGGCAAGAAAAUGGAUGCAAUUAGAUCCCCGAAGAGUGCCUCGUUCUGGAGAAAGAGUGCAGUUUAUUAUUACAAAUGGACCUCCGGGUGUACCACUGAUUAAACUAGUGCGUAGUCCUGAUGAGGUUUUAGCAGAUGAGGGUCUCAAAAUUAAUGCAAUUUACUACAUAACAAAAGCAAUAAUUCCUCCUCUAAAUCGAUGUCUGUUAUUAAUUGGAGCAGAUGUAAAUGAAUGGUUUGCUAGUUUACCAAGGAAAAUUCUAUUCAACACUGCAAUCACUUCAACCACCGAAACUGUGUCGUUAAAUGCAAUAAAAAAGAGUACGAUAUCCCAAUACUUUUCAUCGACAAAAUGCAUCGUCGACUGUGGACAGCAAACAAAGCAGGGAAUUUGUUCUUUAUGUUCGCUGGAUGUCUCAAACACCGUGGUUUCUUUGGAAGAAAAAAUAUCGAAAUUGCAAAGAGGAUAUUACCUAACACAAUUUAUAUGUCAAUCGUGCUGUGGUCGUCCGAAUUUUAUAACAUGUACAUCCUUUGACUGUCCUGUUUUGUAUGUGCUGGAGAUGAAGAAGCGUGAUCUAGCACAAGUAUAUCAAAUUCGAAGUACCAUGAACGAUUGGUUACAAACUGAAACAACUAUAACUGAUUAAAAGUCAACUCAUUUAAAGUCAUCGUGCAAAAAAAGUGCUGUGUAAUUAAUACUUAAAUACUUAAUGCAUGCGGAUUCUCUUACCUGGAAACAUAGAUUAAUUCAGUCUUGUUAAAUGUGAAAUAAAUAAAAUUGGAUUCAUA